GCUCUGGGCAGACGUAGGCGCCGGGCUGCACCUUCCCUGCCCGCCUGUUUGCACUUCUCUGUGACUGUUGGCUUCAGGUCCUUAGCCAGCGGAGGGCUGACUCCGGCCUGGCUGCCCCCUCCCCUUUGCCUCCCGUCCCUCCCCCUGGACACUCCAACCCCCAUCCCUUCGUGUCCCUCCCCCUCCUCUCUCUCUGCUCCUCCCUCGCCAGACCCCCCGCUCUCCCCGGAACAAUGGAGGGGAAUGUGGCUAGGCCAGCCUGACGCUGCUGCGUCAACCUCUGGCUCGUUCUCGGCCUCUAUCGCUUUCAGGGACCCUUCUAUCUGGGCUCAGCUGACCUGCCCCGCCUCUCGGCCCACGUGCCGGCAGUUCUCCCAGGCUGGGGCUCAGCUGCGCUGGAGACUGGGAUGGGUCAGCUCAGUGUCUCUGUCUGUUUACAAAGGAGGAACCUAGGUGCACUAAGGUCAGCCAUGUCAUCUGAGCCUCCCCCACCACCACAGCCCCCCACCCAUCAAGCUUCAGUCGGGCUGCUGGACACCCCUCGGAGCCGGGAGCGCUCACCAUCCCCUCUGCGGGGCAACGUGGUCCCAAGCCCACUGCCCACUCGCCGGACGAGGACCUUCUCGGCGACGGUGCGGGCUUCCCAGGGCCCCGUCUACAAAGGAGUCUGCAAAUGCUUCUGCCGGUCCAAGGGCCACGGCUUCAUUACCCCAGCUGAUGGCGGCCCCGACAUCUUCCUGCACAUCUCUGAUGUGGAAGGGGAGUAUGUCCCAGUGGAAGGCGACGAGGUCACCUAUAAAAUGUGCUCCAUCCCGCCCAAGAAUGAGAAGCUGCAGGCCGUGGAGGUCGUCAUCACUCACCUGGCACCAGGCACCAAGCAUGAGACCUGGUCUGGACAUGUCAUCAGCUCCUAGGAGAUGGUGGAAGCACCCCUUGUCCUGUGCUUGUGGGAGACUUUGCGGGGAGGAGGCAGCAGACACUGGAGAUGACAUUCUUCCACACGAGACGGGGCUUCAGCCUGGCAUGGUCCCUUUCAAGUAUCUCCUGGAGGAAGGGGUAUGGGGGGCAGGUGUGGGGUGUUCCCGGCCAUCAGCACAGCCUAUGCCCAUUGCAACAACCUCUCACCAUCUUAAGAGCAUUAAAAGCAUUUAAAAAGGAGAGGUGCCCACUGGUGGCUGAGUGGAGGUUCCAACCCCAUACCAGGGAGUGGAUCAAGGGUGGUAUUUCUCCAGCUGCUCAGACACAUGGGCUCAACCCACAGAAGCCCUCUUCCUCGUGGAGCUGGAGGCUCCAGAUUCCCAGAUCUGGCCCACUGGCAGCUGACAUGGACCUUGCGUGACUUCUCCAAGGCAAGCCCCUUGCGCCUCUCCUGGGGCCUGGGCAAAGCAGUUUUCUAAUUCUUGGCUUGGUUGGUUCUAGGGGAGCUGGCUUGAAGCGGGUGGGAAAAGGCGGGGGUGGCGGUCUUUGGAUUGGACGGAUGCUGCCUUUUGGUGCCUUUGCAGUGGGAGGCGGCAUAGCUGCCUGUCUGGGGAAGACAGUUCUCCCAGCACUCCCACCCCUGGGCACAGCAGGCUGGUACUGGGAGGCUGAACCCCUUUUAGAGCCUGACCUUUUCAUCUGCCUUCUGACUGUGUGACCAUCACUCAACAGCCAUUUCACAGCCCCUGUAAUUAUGGCGGUGGGGGGUGGGGGGGUGGUGGGAAGGGCUUGUGGAGAGGACAGAGUCUUUGUUUAAAAACUCUGUCCUGAUCCAUCCAGAAAAGAGUAGGUAGCUUGCAUCCUGACAGCCUGGCAAAGUCAAGAAAGUUGAAGGAGAAACAUACCUUUGGAGAGGGGUUUUCUUUAAAACUAGUGUUAAGAAAUGCUUAGGGAUUUUUUUUUUCUUAUUUUUCGUAACUAAAGCUUUCACCCAGAGCCGGCUCUGUUUGCACUUUGCUGCCGACAUUGCAAACUUUUUGGCAGGGUGGGAGACUGAGUCUCAUUCUGUCACCCAGGCUGGAGUGCAGUGGCCCGAUCUCGGCUUACUGCAACCUCUGCCUCCAGGGUUCUGGCAAUUCCGCCUCAGUCUCCUGAGUAGCUGGGAUUACAGACAUGUGCCACCACACCCGGUUAACUUUUGUAUUUUUAGUAGAGACCAGGUUUCAUCAUGUUGGGCAGGAUGGUCUUGAACCCCUGACCUCAGGUGAUCUGCCCAUCUUGGCCUCUCAAAGUGCUGGGAUUACAAGUGUGAGCCAUCGCGCCCGGCCUGCACACUUUUUUGUAGGUAUUUCUGGUAAACAAAUCCUUAGGUUAUCUUUGCUGUGGUUGUGGUUUGGCUUUAGUCAUGAUUUAAAAGUAGAAAUAGCUAGGCAUUAUUUUUUGAAAUAUAUGACCUAUACGUAGUCAAGAAUCCACUCAACAGAGGGAAGCAAACCUUUUGGAAACUGGCUUUUGGGCAGACAGUAAACGUCCAGUUUGAUGCUGGAAGCAUGAACAGCUUCAUCAGGUAGGUACUCCUCAACUCUGAUGAGUUUGUCCUUUCAGCCUAAGGGUGUGGAAGGGAGUUGUUUGAAAAUAGCAAAUACGCAUGUUGAUUGCGAGUGUGUGGGGACAAAGGCAGUUCCCACCACAGUUAGGUCCUGGCCAUUGUUUCCUCGCCUGCGAUGCUCCUUGUAUGUCCUCACCCUCCUCUCCCGCCUCUGCCUUCUGCUGGGUCAAAGGUGGCCUUUUUCUCUCCAGCCUUGAAUUGUUCCCUGGUGGCUUCCCAAGGGCCCAUCUGCUGGUACAGUCCACACUUCCAAAGCCAAGACCCGAGAGGGCUCUUUCACUGCCCCAAGCCUCUCUCCCGCUCUGUCCUCGCCUUGGCAUGGGUGGCAUUGCUGUGACCCCGUGUGCUGGCGCACUGGCAGGCUCUGGCUGGCAGUGAGCUGGGGGAUUGCAUGAGCUGGGGGAUUGCAUUCUGCUAUUCAGGGGUGACCUUUGGAUUCUGUCUUGGCAGAAUCCUUUGUCAGCAGCUCUUGCUCUGUCCUUCCUGUUUGGCCACAGCUCUUUCAAUCAGUGGGUAUUCUAGAACUGCAGGAUGUCAGAGCUGGAAGGGACGCGAUACCGGUUUACAGAAGGGGAAACUCCUGGAGGCUCUGGGAGGGACGGAGGUUUUUGGUGACAGAGCGAGAGCUAAAAUUGAGGAUUCCUGAAUCCAGAUCUUGCCUCCCAUCAGCCAUCUUUCUCCCAAUAAAUUUUUGUUUUGUGCAAGGCUA